CCUCUGUGUAUAAGGCGAGAUAUUUGUGUGACGUCACAGCUGGGAUGGGUAUAUAAGGAGGGUUGAUGCUGCAGUCUGCCACAGGUCAGCUAUUAGAGUCGCACCAGCAACAUCCUCUCCAGCAACAUGAAGAUUUUCAUUCUCCUUGUGGUGAUUGGUGUGGUGUCAGCCCAGCUUGGUGCUGGCCAGGUGGGAGGUGCUGCUCCAGCCCAGGGUGCUGGAGGUGCUGCUGGUGUUGGUGGUCCUGGGGCAGCUCCUGUAAACCCCUACGGACCUAAAGUGUAUGGUUCUGGCCUCAACAAUCCCUUCGCCUUCCCUCACAACACGUGGGAAGUGAGUCGUGCUGCGGCGGUGGCAGCUACCAACCCCAACCUCUAUGUGCGCGUGGAGUCUGACGGAGGCUGGGAAUUCACCAACCGCUUCGGAGAGAAGGUUGAUGUGUACAACAGCUUCGGCCAAGAGCUUGACUAGUGCAGUCUUUAUCUCCUUCUGUCAUUCACCUCAUCUCGCCUCUAUGAAGGCUGUCACCUCAAUAAUUUACCCCUCCCAUACAUCUGGAUGUAAAAAAAACACAGGUUCUGUUGCUCUACAGCCCUGGCUAUACAGCAGGUCUGCUGCUACACAGCCCUGGCUAUGCAGCAGGUCUGCUGAUACACAGCCCUGGCUAUACAGCAGGUCUGCUGCUACACAGCCCUGGCUGUGCAGCAGGUCUGCUGAUACACAGCCCUGGCUAUGCAGCAGGUCUGCUGCUACACAGCCCUGGCUAUGGAGCAGGUCUGCUGCUACACAGCCCUGGUUAUGCAGCAGUUCUGCUGUGCAAAUCAUUAGAUACCAAUUGGAGUCAGAAUAAGAACAGUCAAUUUUGGCUGUGAUAAAAACGAUAAAAUCUUGAAUUUUGUAAGCUUUCAUGUAAAUAUUUAUUUCUACACGUCUCUCUCUCUCUCUCUCUCUCUCUCUCUCUCUCUCUCUCUCUCUCUCUAAGUCAUCUCAAAACACAACCGCUCGACUCUAUAGCCCAUGAAGGUGUGAGCUUUUCCUUAUCCUCCUGUCCUAGGUGUUCACAAGUGCUCAGUAGUGUUCACCAGUGUUCACACGUGUCCACAUGUGCCCACAAGCGUUCACUAGUGUUCAGCAGUGUUCACCAGCAUUCAGCAGUGUUUAGCAGCGUUCAGCAGUGUUCAGCAGCGUUCACCACGGAGGAUUCAGAACUAUGGCACACCUGGCAUGGGAGUUUUGGCUGCCCUGUGAUAACACACACGUCUACUGCUCCCUCUAUCAGGGGAAAUUUUGACUGAAAACUAUAACUUCAGUAAUUAUAAACAUUGAUUAUAUGUAAAUAAACAUAUAGACAGUA